AUGUUUGAAGUAGCUUUCGAAUACAGGAACGCAGCGGCGCAUGAAGGAGAUCUGCUGCAGAGGGCACGUGUUGAUUUUGCUCACCAUGAGGAAGAAGACAUCGUUGACGCGGAUGAAGCAGUACGUGUGGCCCUGCUCCUCAAACACGGGGGUUAUGCGGAACUCCUCCUCGUCCAGCACGCGUCGCUGAAAGACGGCUGGUGGGUUCUGCGCAAUAUCGCCGCGGUACGAGCGGCAGAUGAUCGGGGUGCCCUUGCUAUCGAGAAUGUAAAACACCGACGCCAUUUUGCGAUGUGA